GAAUGACUCACCCGAUAGCAUUCAGGAGAUAUUUUAUUUAGUCACAUUCCUUGUUGCUUCUUUAGUGUUAGUUAAUUUCAUCUGUCAAAUUUUGAUCUUUUUGUAUAUAUUUACUGAAGAAUAGCUUGUCAUCAAUAAAUUAUCACAAUAUGAUGACUGAUCAUAUUGGUGGAAUAACCCUUAAAUGGGAUCCAAAAAACCUGGAAAUACGAACUUUGUCAGUGGAGAAAACUUUAGAACCACUUGUCUUACAGGUGACAACACUUGUAAAUACUAAAGGGCCCAGUAAAAAGAAAAAGGGAAGGUCAAAACGCGCUCAUGUUUUGGUUGCAGCUGUCGAAAAAGCCACUGAAAAUUUUAUUGAAAAAGGUGAAAUGAUAGCUUAUGAAAAUCCUGAUAUUAAGCAAGAAAUGCUGUCAGCUGUAGAAGAAGUGAGAAAAACAGGGGAAGCUAUGAGUGCAGCUGCAAGAGAAUUUGCUGAUGAUCCAUGCUCAUCAAUCAAACGUGGUAAUAUGGUACGAGCAGCCCGCAACUUGCUCUCUGCUGUGACUAGACUACUGAUUCUAGCCGACAUGGUAGAUGUACAUCUGCUGUUGAAGUCUCUUAGAGUAGUUGAAGAUGAUCUGGUCAAAGUUAAAAAUGCAUCAAGCCAACCAGAACUACUUGAAAACAUUAAAGCAUUUGGACGUAACGCUUCCGAGUUAAUGUCUCAGGCUGCCAAACGGCAGCUUGAGCUAAAGGAUUCACAGCUGAGGGACGACUUAGCUGCAGCACGUGCUGUUUUGAAGAAACAUAGCACCAUGUUACUGACUGCAUCCAAGGUAUAUGUCAGACAUCCUGAACUUGCUGCUGCUAAGGCAAAUCGUGAUUAUGUUUUUAAACAAGUUUGUGAAGCUGUCAAUACAAUCAGUGAUGUAGCUCAGGGUAAAGGACCAUCGAUCACUACCAAUCCUUACGAAGGCCCUGGCGAGCUUGCAGCUGCUUUGGAUGAUUUUGAUGAACGUAUGGUAAUGGAACCUUUGGCUUAUUCUGAGGUAGCUACAAGACCAUCUCUUGAAGAAAGGUUAGAAAGCAUUAUAAGUGGUGCAGCGCUUAUGGCUGACUCUUCUUGCACAAGAGACGAGAGAAGGGAGCGCAUAGUUGCCGAGUGUAAUGCUGUACGUCAAGCUCUUCAAGAUCUUCUGUCGGAAUAUAUGGCUAAUAUGAGUGUUAAAGAACAAAGCGAAGGUCUGGAGAGAGCCAUUGAUCAUAUGUGUCGCAAGACGAGAGAUUUAAGAAGACAGUUGAGGAAGGCAGUUGUCGACCAUGUUUCUGAUAGCUUUCUUGAAACCAGUGUCCCUCUACUGGUUUUAAUUGAAGCUGCUAGAGCAGGUAAUGAGAAAGAUGUCGAAGAAUAUGCAUUGGUUUUUCAGGAGCAUGCCAAUAAACUUGUUGAGGUUGCUAAUUUAGCAUGCUCUAUGUCUGGAAACGAGGAUGGGGUUAAGAUGGUGCGUUAUGCUGCGGCUCAGAUAGAUGCUCUUUGCCCACAAGUUAUUAAUGCGGCUCGUAUUCUUGGAGCUAGACCUAAAUCAAAAGUUGCUCAAGAAAAUAUGGACGUCUUCAGGGACUCAUGGGAGUCUCAAGUUCGUGUAUUAACAGAAGCCGUUGAUGACAUAACAACAAUUGAUGAUUUCUUAGCUGUUUCUGAGAACCAUAUCCUUGAAGAUGUUAACAAGUGUGUUAUGGCCUUGCAAGAGGGAGAUGGAGAUUCUUUAGAUAGAACAGCUGGUGCUAUCAGGGGUCGUUCAGCUCGUGUAGCAAACGUUGUUACUGCUGAAAUGGACAAUUAUGAACCAGGAAUUUACACAGAAAGAGUUCUGGAAGCUAUUAAAGUUCUUAGAGAACAGGUGAUGCCUAAUUUUGCUCAAAGAGUAGAAGUUGCUGUAGACGCUCUUUCAUCAAAUCCUCCUAAAGAUGUUGAUGAAAAUGAAUUCAUUGAUGCUUCACGUUUGGUCUACGAUGGUGUUAGAGAAAUUAGAAGAGCUGUCCUCAUGAACAGGAGCUCUGAAGAUUUAGACACUGACACGGAAUUCGAACCAUGUGAGGACAACAUGACUAUUGAUACGAAGACUAGACCUAGUGCACAUACUGAUCAUGGUGUUGAUGAGUAUCCAGAAAUUAGUGGUAUUACUACAGCAAGGGAAGCCAUGCGUAAGAUGACAGAGGAGGAUAAGCAGAAGAUUGCUCAACAGGUGGAAUAUUUCAGAACAGAGAAGUUGAAGUUCGACAGAGAAGUGGCCAAAUGGGAUGAUACGGGCAAUGACAUUAUUGUUUUAGCAAAACAUAUGUGCAUGAUAAUGAUGGAAAUGACGGAUUUCACCAGAGGUCGAGGUCCGUUGAAAACAACAAUGGAUGUCAUUAAUGCUGCCAAGAAAAUCUCUGAAGCUGGAACCAAACUGGAUAAAUUAACCAGGCAGAUAGCUGAUCAGUGCCCGGAAUCAUCUACUAAAAAAGAUCUUUUGGCCUACCUUCAACGAAUCGCUCUGUACUGUCAUCAGUUGAACAUCACUUCGAAAGUGAAGGCUGAUGUUCAGAAUAUAAGUGGUGAACUAAUAGUUUCAGGGCUCGACAGUGCUACAUCUCUAAUUCAAGCCGCCAAGAACUUGAUGAAUGCGGUUGUACUGACCGUAAAGUCAUCUUAUGUUGCUAGCACGAAGUACCCACGACAAGGAACAGUAUCAUCUCCAAUUGUUGUUUGGAAAAUGAAAGCCCCCGAAAAGAAACCUCUUGUCAGACCAGAAAAACCUGAAGAAGUUAAAGCAAAAGUGAGAAAAGGGUCACAGAAGAAAAUACAGAACCCUAUCAAGGCUCUAUCUGAAUUUCAGAGUCCCGCAGAAUCAGUUUAAAAGGUCUACUAUUGUUAUGUUUUUAUGUACAUUAAAUUCUACUGUUAUUUUUUAACAAUAUUAUAGUUUAUUCGAUAGUGAAUGUAUUACAGAUGAAGUAUAAUGUUUUUAUAUUAAUAUAAUAUAUAUUUAAAUUUAAAACAAAAAAAUCUUUCCAAUUUAUCUUCUUCUUUAUAAGUUGUAAACAGUGGACUUAAAAAAGUGCCAAAAAUUUGCAUUUGGCAAAUAUUUUCCAGUAGAAAACUUGGUAUUUUUUCUUUAUAAUAAAUAAAUAAAUUUUGAUUUAGUUAAAAAGUGUGUCUGUGUGAAUACACUGAAACUUGAAAAAAUAUACUAUUGUAUGUGCUACUAACAUAUUUCUUAAUAUAUUUAUGAAGUAUUUGCUUAGUAUUAGUGGUAAACAGAAUAUCUUUAUUGCAAUAUUUAUGAAAAAAUGCUAUUAUUCAAAUUAAUUCAUUGGAAAUUCUAGGAUAAAGAAACUUUAGGCUUAUUCAUGAACUUUUUUUCCUUGUUUUUGGCUAUUUUAUAUUUUAGUGCUGUUAUAUUUUUACUUUUGAUUAAUAACCCUCAAAUAUUUAUUUUGAAGGGGUUAAAAAAUAGUAUUUAUGAGUCAUUUUUUUCAUUGGCAUGUUUUACUGCUGUCUUAUAGAUUUUAUGUUAAAUAAAUGGUAAUGGACUUGAACAAAUCUACAUCUUUUUGAGUGACAUACUAAUCUGAAAGCAUUGUAUUUAUUGUCUAAGCAUAAUAAAUAAGAAUUUGCUCAUUUAGUUUUUUCAGUUUAGUCAGUACCAAUUGCCAACAUGUUUGGUAAACAGUAAACAAUUUAUUAAUAUACCUUUAAUGUUUAAAUUGGGUUAAACUACACUCACUGUUGUCAAGAAAGGAAAUUUGUUCGUGAAUUUGCUCAUUCCGUAUUGUUAUGAUUAGUUUCUCUUUUAUUCUUAAGAUAAUUAAUCAUUGCAUUACUGUAUAUUAGCUGUUAGUUUAGUAUUUUAUAAAGGCAUGACAAAUUCUAAAUUCACAUGUAUUAUCAAUAAUAGAAAAGCAAUGUUGGACCUCAGUGAAUAUUGCCUGAUUUGCCCAACUAGUAUUUAACUUUUGAAGACUGAAAAAUUAAAUUAAAAUUAAUAUUGAAUACAAGCACUAAAAGGAGUGAGAUGAUUCUUCUAGUGAUAAUGAUCUAAUUAUAAUUUUUUUUUACUAAAUUAGUUUAAAAUAUUAACUGGAGACAUGUCAAUCAAAAUUAAAUUUCUAAAUGUAUUGAUAGUUAUUCAUUUUUGCUGAUUUUUUUUUAAAUAGCGUUCUUUUAUAUUUCUGUUCUAUAAAAUUAUUUUAAUUUUCAAUGUUUGUCAAUUUUUUAUUAUUUUUUAGAAGCUUAUCUGAUAUAUGUUAUAUUUGCAAUGCACAUUCUGGAUAGUUAGUAUUUUAUGCUGAUGGCAUUAAGUAAUUUUAUAUUUGUUGGAUAGUUUUAAUCUUAAACUGUAUGAAAUCUGUGAUGUCUUCUCAAAUUUACCAUGAUUUUGUUAUUUUUUUUUUUUUUUUUUUUUUUUUUUAAUAAAUUAUUCAAUGCUAAUGUAAAAUGAAUUGAAGCUCCAAUUUUUUUUACCAAAUAAAUGGCUAUGGUUUGGGGUGAGUCUCUAGGAUCACCGAAUAUGUUUAGCAUAUAAAUUAAUUUUUUGUUUGUUUUAUUUUUAAUGGUUUUGAAAAAUUAAAUUGAUCUUUUAAAGCUAUAGUAGAUUUUAUUAUUUAAAUGUAUUUAUUGUAUAUUUGUUAUGAUUUUUUAUCUCAUUACGUAGAGUAUUAUUUAUUUAUUGUAUCAUUAUAGUUAUAAUUUAUGAGGAACGUUCAUGUAAACAUUCCCAUUAUUUUACAACUUUUGUCUUAAGCCAAAGUUUAAUUUAAUUUUAAGUAACUUUUUUUUUAAUUUAAAAUUAUUUGAUAGGCACAUUAUAUUUAUAGAUGGGGUUUAUUAGUAAUAUUUUUAUUCUAUAUCACAUAGCCUUUUUAUAGAUAAUGAUAUGUGUAUAUGAAUUAAAAUACACCAAAAUUGUAUAAAUGCAUUAAUUUUUGUUUUAUUUUUUAUUUAACCGUCAUCCUAUACCUCUUUCCUGAAACUGAACAUAAUUUAAAUUUUAUUUUAAAAUAAAUGAUUUUAUACUUGUCAAUUUUAAGAUAGUGAAGACCUUAAUUGUAACAUUACCCUAAAAAGUAUUUCCUUUUGAAUAUAUCUCCCAUCUAACACUUAAUUAUUUCAUUGCCAUCGUCAUAUUCUUUUCUUCUUAAAGGCCUCUUCAUGCAGUUUUAAGUUGAUGUUAGUAGAGUCUGAAUUAGAUGUGUCUGUAUUGUGCAAUUCCAUUCUCCUACUUAAAUCUAUAUUAAUGCAUCUCCAUCACCAUCUUCUGAGGAGAUGCAUGCAGAUAAAAUUGAAUACAUAAAGCUGUAUUGAUUUUUUCUGGAAGUUAAUUUUACAUUAAAUAAAUUAUUUGUUUGGCUAACUAUUCUCUGAUACCUUGACUCCCCAUUGUGAUAUUAUUAUUUAUUAAAUUAUUGUAAUAGGCCCAGGGAACUGUAAAAGGUCAACAUUUUUAGAGAAGUUUUCAAAUCUAAUGUAAACCCUUUCCGUCAUUUACUUUAAAUUAUUCCGUGUUCUAAUUUCUUAGUUUUUGUAAAAUGUGUAUAAAUCUAAUAUUUGAAUUAUUUGUAGCAUGGCUGUUGAUAUAGCAAUCUUUAAAUUUAAACCAAUAGUUAUUAAUAAUGAAAUAUAAAAAUCAUAGAAAGAAAUGUUAUCUAACUUUUUUUUUUAGUAAAAAUUUUGAACAAAACUUCAAUGCAUUUACUAUCUGUUGUUAGCAUUGAAAACUAAAGAAUGUGUUCUAAACUCAUUACAGUACCUAAAACUACCAAAAUAUAAUUAUAAAAUUUUAAGAUUCAUUUAAAAAAGAUUAGGGAGCGGGGUAGCUCAGUGGUAGGGCACUGAGCUUCCAAUGCAAAGGCCCCAAGUUCGAACCCCGGCUCAUGGCAGAAAAUUUAUUUAUCUGUUUCAUUGGCCGUGGGGCGACCUUGGGUCAGGAGUCCCUCCUGGGGCACACCCAGCCUCUAUAAAGUGGGUACCCUUAAUUAUAUAAUUAAUUAGGGGGGAAAACCUGGCGGUUGAGCGUGAUCUCGGUCAAAUCACCUCCUUGCACAACAGUGGACCUAGAAACAGUGCUUUCCCUAAAUAGUACUGAACCCCAGACCCUUUAUGGGUUGUAGUGGUACAGGUUUUUUUAAAAAAGAUUCAUUAGGUUUUGGAAUUAAGAUUAUG